AUGCCACCAACAACAAGGAGUAAUUCUCUGAAGGCGCUGCAAACGAGGUUGAAGUCCCUGCAAGAGAUGUUCAACGAUAUCUGCCGUUUUUUGGACACUCUGGAUGAGGAAACGAUUGCGACUCGAGUUCCAGUGCGGCUGGAAAAACUUGAGGAAUUGUGGGAAAAGGUUAAUGAGGCCAUAAUAGACAUCGAAAUGCACGACGACUAUACCGCAGAAAAUGAUACCUAUUCUAAACAACGUUCCGAUUUUAGUAAUAGAUAUUAUGAGGCGAAAUCCAUGUUGCUAGAGAAGGUUAAGGAUUUAGAGUGUGGGUCUGGUAUGAAUGCGACUACCCAAGGGCUGGACGUGACACAACAAUCGACUAUUGAACAUGUUCGUCUCCCACAAAUCAAAUUGCAAACGUUUGACGGCAAUAUUGAUGAGUGGUUAAGUUUCAGAGACCUAUAUCUGUCGUUAAUACACCACAAGACCGAUUUACCAGAAGUUGAGAAAUUCCACUACUUGAAAGGUUGUUUAGCAGGAGAGGCAAAGGCUCUUGUAGAUCCGCUCGCAAUCACUAGGGGGAACUAUCAGGUAGCAUGGGAAACACUGAUGAAAAGAUACAACGAUAGCAAACUGUUGAAACGGAGACAAAUUCAGGCAUUGUUUAGAAUGCCAACUCUAGUGAAAGAAUCUGGCGCAGAAUUACAAGCAUUAAUGGAACAUUUUGAGCGUGCUAUUCAUACCUUAGAUCAACUUGUAGAACCAGCAGAGUAUAAAGAUUUGUUGCUGUUGGAUAUAUUAGGUUCCAGAUUGGACCCAGCUACAAGAAGAGGCUGGGAGGAAUAUUCUGCAUUCAAAGACCAAGAUACCAUCAAGGACAUGGUUGAUUUCUUGCAGCGACGGAUUCGGGUACUUGACUUAUUACCACUAAAGGGAACAGGAGCCCGGGUUGAGGUAGGACAACCGCCGAGAAGAAGACAACCACUUGCGCUAACGAAUUAUAAUGCAGUGCAAACAGCUGGGCUUCGUUGUGUAGCUUGUUCAGAUAUGCAUCUUCUGUAUCAGUGUCCGCAGUUUAGACGCAUGACGAUAUCGACUCGUGAUAGGCUUCUCCGCAGUCAUUCAUUGUGUCGUAACUGUUUCAAAAGAGGUCACCAGGCAGUCGAUUGUUUAUCCCGUUUCGUUUGUCGUGUUUGUAAGGGAAAGCACCACACGUUAGUUUGUUUUCGCGAAGAGAACUCUCAAGGCAAUAACGCAGCUGAAGGUUCACCGGUAAAAUCAAGAGAAUUUUCGCGAUCCUCCAGUCCCAAGGAAGUGUCGGCUGUACUCGCUGCAUCGACAUCCAACACAGCAUCGUAUUGUGCGUCCUCGGUAUUAUUGGCUACCGCUAUCGUUUUGCUGGAAGAUGAUAAUGGUACCGUAGUUCCAGCCAGAGCACUGCUAGAUUCAGGGUCAGAGUGCAAUUUUAUGACUGAAGGACUGAAUCAGCGUUUGAAAUGCAAGCGAAGACAGGCUGACGUGGCUGUCAGUGGCAUUGGUCAAGAAACCACUCGGGUAAAACACACAGUAUCUGCGACAGUCCGUUCACGAUUUGGGAAUUACACAUGCAAAAUGGAUUUUCUUUUGCUCCCAAGAGUUACAGCAAAUCUUCCGACGAAAAAUGUGGUUUUGAUGACCUGGAAAAUUCCGAAAGUCUUAGAUUUGGCCGAUCCAGCAUUUACGGAAUCUAAGCCAGUAGACAUCAUUUUGGGCAUUCAACACUUCUUCACAUUCUUCAAAAAUGGAAAUGAAAUCCACUUGGGUGCAGAAUUACCCUCGUUAACCCGAUCAGUUUUUGGCUGGGUGGUAACGGGGACCGUUGGGAAACAGAAUGCUAGUCCACGAAUUACCUGUAACUCGGCUACGUUCAUAGACUUAGAUGCAUUGAUGAAUCGGUUUUGGGCCUGUGAGGAAGUUGAAAAGUCUACUAAUUACUCCCCCGAGGAACAGCGUUGUGAGGAUCUGUAUAAAAAAAUCGGUUAA